AUGUCAGAAAUUGACGAUAAUUCUGUUGCAACUGAUGAUUACAACUAUGGAGAAACAACAUCAACGAGGUCUGUUAAUUAUCAUCAUGGGCAAAGAUAUACUCUGAAACUUAAUGAGAAACAAACCAAAGUUCUAAAGGCGAUUUGUGGUACUUUGAUAGGAUGUCUUGAUGAUUCUGAAACAGAUUCAUUAUGUUUUAACACUGAAAACUUGACACCACCCUCCACCUCUGCCACCACUAAAAGAUAUUCUAUUAAUACUAGUGCUAUGAUGAUGUUAAAAAAUUCAGAAAAAAUACGUGAAUUUGCUAAAUUUGAUUUAUCAAAUUCAGAUGAAUUUAUUGAACGUGUUUUAGAUCGUUUAUCAAAAUGUUUAACAGUUGAAAAAUUAGCGCGCAUCAGUGGAGUGUUGAAAAAACUUGGAUCUAAAGGUUUUAUAAAUGCUCAGAUUGCCAAUUAUAACAAACCAUUUUAUGGACUCACAAAGAAACAGCAAGAACAAGUUAUUUUGAAAUGGAGUACACACUCGACAGCUUUUACUAGAGAACUUUUCAGGACAUUUACAUUUUUCAUUUGUUCUACAUUUUGGUUAGAUCCAUAUGGAUUUAAUUCUCUAAUCGGUUAUCCUGGUCCAGAUCCUGAAGCAAACUCUUCACGGUUUACUUCACGUCAAUUUUCCACUUUCGAAUUUCUUAAAAUCAAUAACAACGAUGGUAUUGUUAUCAACACUUGUGGCGAGAGUAGCACCAAUACACAAAAUAAACCAAAAAAAGAUCAAAUUGACCAAGGAAUUGAAGCUGAUGGAACGAAUGGAGAGAAAUUGGAGGAGGAAGAUUUAAAUUAUGAUGUUGUGGUGGUAGGAUCUGGUUCCGGUGGUAGUGUUAUUGCUGCACAAUUGGCAAAAGAAGGUUAUAGUGUACUCGUAAUGGAAAAAGGUCAUCAUGUGCCACCGAGUGAGUUGACCUUGAAACAAAGUAAUUCUUAUGAAGCUCUAUAUGAAAUGGGUGGUGGAAUGUUGUCAGAAGAUGGUGGUGUAAUUAUUAGUGCUGGUUCUAAUUUUGGUGGUGGUACUACUAUUGGUUGGUCUGCUGCAUCUGAACCGCAGCAUUUUGUUCGUGAAGAAUGGGCUAAAAAAUACGGACUAUAUUAUAUAUUAGAGAAAGAGUAUAGUGACUCGAUGAAAGCAGUGAGUGGUAGAUUAGGCGUGUCAACUAAUAAUAUAGUUCACAAUAAAAGUAACAAUAUAUUGAUUGAAGGAUGCAAAAAACUUGGUUUACAAGUUGAUACAAUACCUCAAUGUACCGCAUCAAGAUUUCACUCAUGUGGUUGGUGUGGAUUUGGAUGUAAAUAUGGCGAGAAACAAAGCGCAGUGAUGACUUGGUUAUUGGAUGCAAAGAAUUCGAAAGCAAAGUUUCUUGAAGAUUGUUAUGUCGAAAAGAUUUUAAUUGAUAAGAAGACGCAAAAAGCUGUUGGAGUCGAGGCAAUUAUUAUUAAACAACAACGUAAAUUCAAAGUUAAAGCAAAAAGAGUUGUUUUAGCUUGUGGUGCUAUUCAUACGCCUGCUUUGAUGUUAAGAAGUGGAUUGAAAAAUAAAAAUAUUGGUAAAAAUUUACAUGUUCAACCCACUGCUGGUGUAUAUGGUGUAUUUCCUGAUAAACAAAUUGAUACUUAUUCUGGCUCAAUAAUGACUGCGGUAUCAAAUUUUACAGAAAAUGUAGAUGGCAAUCAUUAUGGAUCAAAAAUAGUUGUAGGAUCUCAUCAUCCUGCAUCUAUGGCUGCCAAUUUUCCAUGGAAUUCUACAUUUAAACAUAAACAAUUUAUGUUGGAAUACACACACAUUUCACCGUUACUUGUUAUAACACGUGACAGAGAUGCGGGAAGAAUUGUGAUUGAUUCACGUGGACAACCAAAGCUUUAUUAUAAGGUCAGUCAGCAUGAUUCCAAAAGUGUCAUAGCUGGUAUUAUUGCCAGCCUUAAGAUACUUGUUGCAGCUGGAGCAAAAAGAGUUGGAACAUGCCAAGCCGGAUUAGAAGAAUUUGAAGUUAGUGAUGAUGUGAAUCCGUUGAAUGAUGUUAAAUUUCAAUGCUAUCUUGAUAAAGUUAAAAAAAUUGGUGCUCCAUCAAAUCAAAUUUUACUGGGAAGCAUGCAUCAAAUGGGAACUUGUUGUAUGGGAGAUGAUCCGAUCAAAUCGGUUGUGAACCCGACUGGAGAAACAUGGGAAGUCGAAAAUCUUUUUGUGGCUGAUUCCAGUAUAUUUCCAACUGCUAUAGGGAGACGAAGUUCUAUAAGAUGGUCUAUGAAUGAUGUUCCUAAACGAAAGCUGAACAGAUUAUCAUUAGGAAAUACACUUUCCAACAGUUUUAAUGGCUCAUUCAAUUUACUCAAUCAAGGAUUUUGGCCAACAACAUCUUCAAUAGACUGGUGUGAAGAUAAUUAUCAAUAUUCACAUUAUAUUGCAGAAUUUUGGAAUUCAGUAUCUAGUUUAGCAAUGAUAAUUUUUGGAGAAAUUGGAGCAAGAAUGAAUCCAUCAAAUGAAUUGUUUCAAUUUAAAUUAGCUUUUAGAUUAAUUUCCAUUGUUGGGGUUGGUAGUUUAUUAUUUCAUGGAACAUUAACAAGCCAAACACAAGCACUUGAUGAAGUUCCAAUGGUUUUGUCAGCGUUAAUGAUAAUGCAUCCAUUGAUUGAAACUAAUUUUGGUAAGCAAGGAAUUUGGUUGCCAAUUGUAUUGGUAUCAGACGCAAUAUUAUGUACACUUGCAGUUACAAUUGCAAAAGGAGAUCUACAAUUUAUAUUUUUUCAUUUUUCAUUUGGAUUAAUAGAAUUGAUAUCAUUCAUAUUAAUGUUACGUAUAUAUAGAUCAAAAAAACAAUCUCACCCAUUUAUAAAGUAUUUAUUUGAAAGAGGGGCCUUAGUUUAUUUCACUGCUAUAAUCAUUUGGAUGAUAGAUUUAAAUUUAUGUGAAUAUGUCAAUGGAGGCACUAGAUCCAUAUUACCAUUUAAUCCACAACUACAUGCUAUUUGGCAUUUAUUAGCAAGUUUUGGCUUGUAUCUAUUAGUUUUAUUGACUUUAUAUAAUUGGCUUUGUGAAAAUGGUAAAAAAUGUGUCAUUAGUUAUAGAUUUGGUGGAAUUAUACCAUUAAUUGAAAUUAAUGAUGAUUAUAAAAAAUAA